UUCUCGAUCCAUCACAUCCUCAGCUGCGUGCAUUACGAAAUGGAAUACUGCUUCAUUGAUAACAACAAACCUUUGGACAGAAUCUCACAGAAGAUUGUUCGCAGCCAUGCGAUGAAGGGGAAAAAUGUCGGAAGAACUAUCACCGCGAGGGGCCACAGGGGCAGACAACGCGAAAAUGAAGGUGAUCAUACACCGAUAUUGCAGCCAGAGAUUUUUUCCGAGAUUCGCAAUGGAAGAAUAAUCCUUCCAAAGGUUUCGAGCUUGAAAUCCAGUCCAGCAGCUACAGAGAGAAUAACACUGCUUCGAAAUCCUCUUUACCAGACAGAGCUUCUUCCAGAGCCCUUGACCUCAUCUAGUCGAUACUUGCUCCACGAAUUCUAUCAUGUCAUUUCUCAGACACUCUACCCUAGUAUAUUCUGCCGCCAAUUGGACGAAGCUAAAUUCUCGUGGUUCGAACUGAUGAUUAGAAAUCCAUGUGUCUUUCAUUGUGCCCUUGGCAUGACAGGCGCGUACAUAAUGACCUAUCGCGGUCACCGCGACACGUCAUUCGAGUCCAUUCGCCAUCUCGUGAAAGCCAUGAGUUUACUUCGCCACGAAUUGAGCGCCACACCUGAACCCCAGGAUUCUAGUUUUGCAGUCAUUAUUUCGCUCGCCAUACAUGCCAAUCUUGUCAAAAGUGUACAAGAAUGUCGCAUCCACCUACAGGGUUUAAAGUACAUCAUCGAGUCGCGCUCAGGCGGUUUGACUGGAUUAUGUACACGCAUUCCUGAGAUAGGGAACAAGAUACGUCGAACUGAUAUAGAUCUUGCACUCUCAGCAGGUUCUCUGACGCUGUUCGGCUCUCAAGCAUCGCCACUACCUGCAACCCUUUAUGUAAUGCCAACAAACGAAAGAGCCGCGCGAGUGUCUCUGCCUUCCCCAUUGAAUGACACUUCACCAUAUCUGCGCGCGAUGGCACGGGAUAUUUUUGCCCUAUGCAGCUAUGCUGGUUACACGAAAUUCGGAGCUUUCCAGUAUCAAGACAUAAUACUCUCCAUCUUCCAGCGUUUAGUCGAUUUCAGUCCCCUCAAUGGUCCACGACCACAGAUUCAGCUGGACGACUCCUGCCAACUAGGCCUCCUUGUUUUCAUGAGUACAAUUGUUCAUCAUGAUCCGCAAAGAAGGUCAGUUUGUUCGUUAUUAUUAUCCGAAACACUCAAAGUACGAUUGCGUAUUUCAGAUGACACAUUGCUGAUUCCUCACGCAAACGAUUAUGCUUCCUACUUUUUAUGGCUGUUCUUUGUCUAUGCUAUAUCAUCGCCAGAUUACGAUAGUUAUUGCCAUGACACCAACUCCUCAGUGGCACGAAGCGUUCGAGCUCUACUCUUGAGACUUGAAAUCCAGAGUUGGGCCGAUGUUAAGGCUUCUCUAGAAAGCUACCCUUGGAUACCAGCAUUUCAUGGGGAUUCAGCUAGAAGACUAUGGGAACAGGGAAUUUGUAUGUAA